AGGUCUCUCUCUCUCUCUCUCUCUCUCUUGCUCAAGAACGAACGAGCAUAGGCUCUGUAUUCUGUGUCGCAAUGUCUCCACGGGCAGAAUUUCUGAAGGAAAUACAAAUGACAAAUGAAUGAACGACGCCAACGACUGAACUGCAACAAAGGACAAUCUCACAGAAUAAUCUGACCAAAGGAUGGACCCAGCGAAGGAGACUCCAAUUCAUUCAGCAGUGGAGCUGCAGGGCUCAAUGCUGGGCCGACACGAGGAGGAACUCGCCGCCGCCGCCAGGUACACCGUGGAGAGCCUCUUAGCCCAGGUGACGGACUUAACUAAUCUACUGCAAAACCUGCACCCUGAUGGUCUUGUCUCAGCCAUAUACUUCUCCAGAACCACGCAUAAACAAUCCUCCUUGCUAUUCUGGACAGCCCACGGAGUGCCGAGCCUUUUUGACGCAGUGCGAGGUGGUCUUUUCCCUCCAACCUACUACAUAUGCCGAGGACCACUCCAGGGUAGCCUUUGUGCUCUCUCUCCUGACUGGGCGGGCUCAUGACUGGGGAAUGGCAGUAUGGGAGUCAGAAGCAGACUGCUGUGAGCAAUUUUCUUCAUUUAAGGAGGAGAUGAUAAAGGUAUUCGACCACUCCGUUUAUGAUCUGGAGGCGUCUCGGCAACUAGCUACUCUUUGCCAGGGUAGGCGAUCUGCUGUCGAUUAUGCAGUCGAAUUCCGCACUCUAGCGGCCACUUGUGAGUGGAACGAGCCAGCCCUCACUGCCCGCUUCUUGGAGGGUCUUUCUGGGGAGAUAAGGGAGGAGAUUCUCGCUCAUGAUCGACCAACCCGCCUGGACCAGCUUGGUGGAACUUGCUAUCUGGAUCGAUAAGCGAUUUGAGAUGCGUCGUCGUGCCCGCACCUCCGCCCCUGAGCAACAGGUGGUUUCGUCAGCCACCCCACCUCCAGUUGUGACCUCAUUAGAACCCGAGCCUAUGCAGCUAGGCGGGCUCCAUAUCUCUGCUGUGGAGCGUCAGUGCCGCAUUAAGGUGGGGUCUCUGCAUGUAGUGUGGUGCUCACGGGCAUUUCGCCGCAAGAUGUCCAGUAAAAGAGAAGGCUCGCCAGUAGAUCGGGGAGUACUGGCGAGCGCGACUACCUUUUCCCCAUCUCCCAAGACUCACACCUCACUCAAAGCCUGCUUACGCUGUGGGGGCUCCACUUUUCCCUGUGCAGCCCCCUUUCCCUGUGCGGCCACUUUUCCCUGUGCGGAAUCAGCCCCUUGUUGAUUCUGGAGCUGAGGGGAACUUCAUGGAUGAGAACUGGGCAAUCGAUCAUGACAUUCCUUUUAAAGUAUUAAGUGACCCCCCUACCAUCUAUGCCCUAGAUUGGUCGCAUCCUCUCCAGGAUCCUUCGAGCCACUGUUCUGGUGAGUCUCACCAUUUCCGGCAAUCACCAAGAGACAAUUUCAUUUUUUAUUUUUCGUUCUCCCCUAACGCCUAUCGUUUUAGGGCACCCCUAGUUAGCAUAAUCCUCAAAUUAACUGACUAGAGGGGACCAUUAUGUCCUGGAGCUUAUCUUGCCAUGUUAAGUGUCUUGUCUCGGCUGUGCCUGUUGUGUCCUCUGUUUCUGUGUUUCAGGAGGAACCCGGCAAUUUGUCUGGUGUCCCGAAGGAGUACCACAAUCUGCGAGUGGUUUUCAGUCGUUCCCGGUCUGCUUCUCUCCCUCCCCAUCAGCCGUAUGACUGCAGCAUCGAUCUUGUCCCGGACCAGGCUCUAAAAAUACUUAACCCGAUGCACUGUCUCGUCAGUUCGGUUCCUCGGAGGACGGCUCAUCCACAGAGACCAUCCUGCCCGACGGUCGUGUGGUCGGGGUCAUGGUCUGGGGAUUCGAACGGCAGGAGAAGAAAUGAGAAGAAACGGGUGAGCAUAUGAUUUCAACAAGCAGCCACAGCCAUAGGCAGUUUCACUAUAGGGCAGACUGUCACUAUGGUGCCUCUACUCCAGCUCUUUAUUUUAAUGCCUCUAAUUAAGCCAAUCACAAAUCAUGUCCAUGGAAACUCUCUUUCACCUCUGACCACUCAUUCAAAUCACAGCCUGUUUUCUCAGACUGAUGUGCUUGUCAGAAAAACUGAUCAUAGAUUGGAAGCCAAUGCUGCGUUAGAAACUGUAAAACCAUUUCUUCAUGGCUUCUAUCAGAAAAGUGUCCUUAAAUCAAGUGGAGAUUCAAAUGAAUGGACUGAAAGCAGAAACACUGAGGACACAUUGUCAGAAAAAACAUCACAUACUGAUAUAACUGGGUCAAGAAGUAAAUUUUUAUUAUCACCCAAAAACAGAGUCAAAAGAGGUUCUACCCAAAAUGUCAUACCACAAAAUGCCGCUGUAAAAGAAAAGGAGACUGCUGAUAAUACAGAAUUCGAAGAGAAAGACAUGUCAACAGUUGGGCCAGGUGAUAUGUUAAAACCCAGAGAAACUGGCUUUGUUCGGUCAUCAACAGAGGCUUUAACAUCUCUUGAUAAACAGCAUACCCAGUACAGACUGCAAGUUCAGACUGCUCAUAGUGUGCUGGCUAGUUUGGCCACAGUACAAAUUAAUCCAACAAUCAACUCUUCACUCCAGACCAGCCCUUCUACAACUUCACCACCUAAUGAAAACGCUGUAGACACUACAAGUAGGAUGAUCCAAUUGGAUGCCAACAGGACUCGACUGGAAAUAGGUAGGUUGGGGACAACCACUACAGCUAAAAUUCAGCCAAAAAGACAGUUUACCACUUUACAAUCACAUAUUGAAACCACCUCUUUUAGCACAAGUACAACCAAUCUACAACUAGAGGCACCAUCACCAGGAGUGGACAUCAUCACUUCCAAAAAUUCACAACCAGAAAGCACUUCACAGUCAACAAAAUCAGCAAAAAUACCCAAUGACCAUUCAAAGGAGCCAGGAACUAAAGGAACAGUGACCGAUAUAAAGAACACUAAAGGUAUACCAACUUUUCUAAGGACUGCCUCCCCUCUCCCGACUGGACAUGGCCAUUUUGUAUUCUCAGAAAAUGAUGGAAGAUUUACAGAGAAAGACCAGUCAGUCUCACAAGGAAUAGCCCCAUCUCUGAAGUCAAACCUUGCUUCUCCAACCUAUGCCCUACCCAAGGACCUCUGUGCUACUGGUGUGGGUCCCUGUGUUUUUUCCAAAGAUCAAAACAAUGAUGAAAAAUAUGGCGCAACAAAUGGGAGCUUUUUAGUGUGGGCGGACUUAAAACGCACACUUUCAUUUGCAUGGGAGCUGCAUGUAUUUGGUUCUGCUGCCCUUUUCCUUCUACUGACUGCUGGCUCAGCCCUUGGUUUAGCAUUAUCUCCCAGCUUGUACUGCCCUCACCAUGGUGAAUUGGUACUCACCAAUAGCCUCUUGCUAGUAGUAGGUGCAGUUAGAGCAGGCCACUUCUUGCUCGACCCAUAUGGGACUCGGCUCCUCCUGCCACUUCCUGUCAUAAUAGCUUUAUACACACUGCCGUUACCACUGUUAAUCCUGGCACAGGCUGCAUUAGUGAUACUGGUACUAAAAGAGACAGGGGUAACCUGGAUUCCACCAACACUUCAGCGCCCCCCUCUGUUAGGAGUGUUAGCUGUUUUCCAAUGCACUCUCCUUCUUGCUGCAGACUUACUUUCCCCUGCACUUUCUCCUGCUGUUCCCAUUGUACUACAGAGUCUCACGCUGACUGCAGGCCUCGUACUGUGUUUAGGCUACCUUUUAUUGGCACUGCCGUGCUUCUCUCACACACAUAAAGCUCGGAGAGGAAAUAAGGGAAAGGGCGAAGGAAAGGUGUGGGUUUUAGCACGAGUACUGGCAGUGUGUGCUUUUCUUGGGGCGCUGUGCUGUCUGUUACACAUUUAUGCCUGCUUGUGGCUGUAUGGACUACUAGGAGACUGGAGGCGCUUCCGUUGGGCAUGGUGGCUCUGUCAGUUCUGGGUACGACUGUUGGAGCUUGCCUGGGCUUUCUGCCUGCUUCUGAUGUCUUCCUGGGUCUUUUGGAGACCCAACCAAGGCCACAUAUGUAGAGCACCAAGACAGGAAGGAGCUGCCACAGAAAGCUUGCCCUCACCCUCUCAAUCAUCAAACUCUACCAGCAGACAUACGUGCUGGGCAAAGAUUGUGCAGAGCCUCAAGGUAAAGCAACAAAGGAAAUCUGAAAGCAAUGGGAUUGGAGGGUCAAAUAGUGGUGCAGUGGCUGGAGAGUUGCCUAAUAACUGGACAGGAGAGGAGCUAUCAGGGGCAGACAUUAGCAAGAGCCUCAUACGAAAUCGUGAUCCACUCAAAGACAGCAAUAAUUUAUGCAAUCUGAAAAGCUUUGCAGGGGGCUCUGCAGGUUCACUGCUAAGACUGCAGGCACUUGCUCAGCCAUCUCAGCGCCUCAGUAGUAGUUUGGACAGGGACAAGGAGUCAGCCAUCUCACUCUGCGAUUUUGACCUGCGCCCUCCAACCCCAAUUGACCUCAGCCGCAGUAUUGAUGAGGCACUUCAUCGUGAGCAUUUAUUAAGGGGUGAAAGUUUGUUCCAGCCACUGCGACCACCAUCACUUCCUCCAUCUCCACACCUGUGGAUGCGACAGAAUAGUGAGCCCCAAAUCACACUGUCACUGAGCAGUGACGAACACACAUUGUUCACAGAGUCCUCCGCAAGUCUGGAUCGCUCCAUUCCUAGUGCUGUGCCCAGCCGACAAGUCACAGCCCCCCCUACACCCACUCAUCAGGACUUCCGUUGGGUCUCUAAGUCACAAGUGCCUUCCUCUUUGUCCUGCCCGGUCUCACUGCACCAUUCCCCAAGCACAAGCCAUGCCCUUGUGCCCAACGCAGAAAACACAAGGCCGUUUCUAACCCCUGACCUUGAAAGUUCACAAUCAAAUACCAGAGGGGGAAAAAGUUACCUGAAAGUCACUCGAAAUGAUGACUCAGCCAGUGUCAGCAGUGACAUUAUUGACCUUUGAACAUGUUAUGACUCACAGCAACUCCAGAUUAUAACACAUUCACAUUCUCCAAAAAGUAGAGAUUAUACAUUUAAUCAUGACUUGCAGUCUAAUUGUUGUAUCAUGGCACUUAAAGAGAAGAGGAACACAUUGUUGCAAGUGGCUCAUUCUCAUUUUUUCUUUCAAAAGUCUUGUUUACAGUAAUGCAUAUACUAUAGAUGUCUAUGGGUCUUCCUUAUCUGACACACUCAGUUCAGUUCAAGGAGCUCUCACCUAACGAGCUGAU